CAACAGAAAUGCCGACGUCAUCUCUGGCUGAAGGGCAAGCCAUCAAUCCAAUAUGUCUUUGACGGUGCCGCCGUGACACUCGCACAUGUGCACUCACACACAAACGGACACUGCAUCUUCACACAUUCUCUGGCAUAGGACCGACCGCGCACUCUUCUCUUUCCUCAUCUCUUUGUAGGUCGAUAGUUGCUUGCUUGCUGACUCGCGAUCGAAUACACACCUGGUCGCUUUACUUGUUGUCCUCCUGCUUUUGGCCGGUUUCGUUCUGUCCUCUUUGAACGCCUUUGUCCCAGCUCGACUCAGCCAUCCGAGUCGACCACAAUCCAUCUGGCUCGACCACUCAAGACACACGCACACGCCACACUCAUACCGUUCCCUUGUUCCGCCGAAGCAGCCAGCACCACACACACAUCCCUUAGACAUGGUAUAACACCAUCCAGCGCUCUGGACUCACCCGUCGUCGACCAGCAAUCGUAAUCAUGGCACGUGAACCGGAAGAGAAACAAGAAGCUGCUGCUGCGACGGUGGCAGCAGCAGCAGCUGCAGCCCAUGACGACGACCAGGAAAGACCGCCCGUCGUCGUGCCAGACAAGAACUACGGCUUCCCCCGCGACGCCUUCGACCCCUCCCUCCUGCCGGACAUCGACGUCGACUUCCUCUCCGCCGAGGACCGCGAGGCCUUUGUCCAGGCCCUGUCCGCCCCGGACCCGGCCCACAGCACCGAGGACGUCUCCACCAUCCGCCUGGGCAGCCCCGUCCCGGGGAGCGCGGGCCCGGGCCGCAGUAGCUUCGAUAACAGCGUCACGCGCCGGCAGUCGACCGCGGUGGUGCCCGACCUGGGAGGAGGGGGGCGCGACGAUAAUAACAAGGAGGACCCCCAGGAGGUGGCUGCGCACGCGGCGGCUGCGGCGGCCGAUGUCUCCGCGCCGUCGUCGUUGGCUAAUGGGAAUAAUGUCCGUGGCAACGGGAGUGCGCAGCAGCAGCAGCGGAACAGCCUGUUCAUCACAGCGCAGAACGACUGGGCGCCGGUACACGAGAGGAUCCCGAGGUCCGCCACGUCAGGCGGCGGCGGCGGCGGCAACGGUGCCGCGGGCGCGAAAGAGAGGCACGGCAAGCGGCGGCACAAGCGGCCACGGGCGGCGCGGCCCGGGCGGCGCACCAAGGACGAGACGCGCGAGGGCUACCUGUACGGGCUGCUCAAGUGGCCGUUCCUGCUGUUCGUGAGCGGGUGGGUGCUGGGCCUGGCGCUGGCGUACGUGCUGACGAGGUACUACAUCUGGUUCUACGAGUACUUCAUCAGCUGGCGCGGCACUCGCGAGCGGCUGCGGCGCAACAUGCGCGCCACCGGCAGCUACCGCGAGUGGCGCGCCGCCGCCCGCGAGCUCGACGGCUUCCUCGGCAACUCGGCCUGGCGCGAGACCAACGAGUUUGCCUACUACGACUGGAAGACGGUCCGCCGCGUGUGGGACAGCCUCAAGAAGAGCCGCGAGAGGGCCCAGGCCGUCGAGCGCAGGAUCGAGCAGGGCGAGGCCGUCGAGAGCGACGAGCGCGCCGACGGCGAGAAGGCCGUCGAGGCGCUGCGGGCCCUCCUGGCCGCGUGCGUCAAGAAUAACUUUGUCGGCGUCGAGAACCCGCGGUUGUACUCGCAGACUUACUACGGCACCAAGAACCUGGUGCAGAACCACGUCGACGAAGUGGAGAAGAGCCUCAAGUUCAUCCUGGACACGAAGCAGAUGAGGCUCGAGGACAAGCGUGAGCUGUUUAGGAGCCUGCACGGGAACUACGGCCGGACAGCCCUCUGCCUGUCAGGAGGCGCAACCUUUGCAUACUACCACUUCGGCGUGGUCAAGGCGCUGCUGGAGGAGGACCUCCUGCCGGACGUGAUCACGGGCACGAGCGGUGGCGCCCUGGUGGCGGGACUGGUGGCCACACGAACCAACGAGGAGCUCAAGCAGCUGCUGGUGCCCGCGCUGGCGAGCAAGAUCACGGCGUGCUCGGAGCCGUUCACGACGUGGUUCCGGCGGUGGUACCGCACGGGGGCGCGGUUCGACUCGGUCGACUGGGCGCGGCAGUGCGCGUGGUGGACGCACGGGUCCAUGACGUUCCGCGAGGCCUACGAGCGCACGGGUCGCAUCCUCAACGUGUCGUGCGUGCCCGCGGACCCGCACAGCCCGACGAUGCUGUGCAACUACCUGACGAGCCCGGACUGCGUCGUGUGGUCGGCGGUGAUCGCGUCGGCGGCCGUCCCGGGGAUCCUCAACCCGGUCGUGCUGAUGAUGAAGCAGCGCGACGGGACGCUGGUCCCGUACUCGUUCGGGCACAAGUGGAAGGACGGCAGCCUGCGCACCGACAUACCCGUCAAGGCGCUCAACCUGCACUUCAACGUCAACUUCACCAUCGUGUCGCAGGUGAACCCGCACAUCAACCUCUUCUUCUUCAGCUCGCGCGGGUCCGUGGGCCAGCCCGUCACGCACCGCCGCGGCCGCGGCUGGCGCGGCGGCUUCCUCGGGUCCGCGGCCGAGCAGUACAUCAAGCUCGACCUGACCAAGUGGCUCAAGAUCCUGCGCCAGCUCGAGCUCCUCCCCCGCCCGAUGGGCCAGGACUGGAGCCAGGUCUGGCUGCAGGCCGGGUUCGGCGGCACCAUCACCAUCUGGCCGCGCAGCAUCGCCAUGGACUUUGUGCACAUCCUGUCGGACCCGACGCCCGCGCGCCUGGCGCGCAUGAUCCACGAGGGCCAGCAGAGCGCCUUCCCCACGCUCAAGUUCGUCGCCAACCGCCUCAAGGUCGAGCGGCUCGUCGAGAUGGGCCGCCGGCGGACGAGGGGGCUCGACAUCGACACGGGCGGCGGCGGGGCCAGGGGCAGGGACAGCAUCAUCGACGACGAGGAGCUGAGGAUGUUCCUGCGGGGCCGCGCCGGGGGGGCUCCUGCCGGUGGUGCUGGUGGUGGUGCCAAGGGCGCUGUCGCGGACGCCUUGGGCUUGGGGCCCAGCAGCGUCACUGCCACCGAGGACGAGGGGACCACGGCUGACGAGAUGGAUGUUUCGUUUGAGGAGACUGCGGUCGUUGAUGAGGAGGAUGAGGAGGAUGAGGAGGAGGAGGAUGACGAAGACGAAGACGGCGAGGGGCGGUAUGAGGGGGAAGGGGAUGACGAUGGGCGGUUUGCGUACUCGUCUCCUGUCGCGAGCGGGGGCGAGGAGGAGGUGCUUGAGAGCGUGGAGGGUGCUGGGGACGGGGACGGGGAGCGGAGUGCGCUGCUUGAGGCGUCUUGAUGAUGUCAAGGAGCAGCAGUAGGGCAUGCGUGGAGUGGGAUGGACGGUUAGGAGCCGGGGGUUGCUGUCGUUUGGUGAGCGCUCGGGCGGCUAUAGGUUGUCUUGUUGUUGUUGUUUGUUGUUGUUGUAUCCUGCAUUGGAUGGGCCCCGUUGUGGUUUUCUGCUUUCCUGGGUAUCGACAUACAUGGCAUGGAGUUUUUCGAGUACCCCUCCCUCCCCCUCUGGGGGGUCCAAAUAGAUAUCAUGGGCAGAGGGGGAAGACGAGACGGGCCGGCGGUGUUCCGUGGCGUUUUUCAGUCUGUUGUUUUGUUUUGUACUUGUAUUUGUAUUUGGCUAGUGAGUGGUAUAGCUACUUACAUAAGCAGGAGGAUAAAUAUUAUUUAGUAUUGGAAAUGUGUGUGUGUGUGCCAUUUGUUUGCCUUGUGCGAGGGUCUCUCUCCUCUUGUUGAUGCUGAUGUUGAUUUCCAGAGCGGUUGAUGCCCAGAGCGUCCGAUGGAGAGGCGUGUAAGCAAGGUCCAUUCACGAGCAAUUCGGGUCUCUGACUUGCCAGUAGACUUGGCUGUGUCGUGGAUAAUCAGGCAAACAAGCACCCAAUCUGUAACCGGGCCUUGGGUUUUG